AUGGCGUCCAACCUCAGGAAGUCAAAUGUGGCCUCCACCAGUUACAAGAGAAAGGUGGGUCCUAAGCCUGAACUCACCGAAGAUCAAAAGCAAGAAGUUCGCGAAGCCUUUGACCUCUUCGAUUCUGACGGGAGCGGGACCAUCGACGUGAAGGAGCUGAAGGUGGCCAUGAGAGCUUUAGGCUUUGAACCCAGGAAGGAAGAGAUGAAGAAAAUGAUUUCAGAAGUGGACAAAGAGGCCACGGGAAAGAUCAGCUUCAAUGACUUCUUGGCCGUGAUGACUCAGAAGAUGGCUGAGAAAGAUACGAAAGAAGAAAUUCUUAAGGCUUUUAGGUUGUUUGACGACGACGAAACCGGGAAAAUCUCGUUCAAAAACCUUAAACGAGUAGCCAAUGAACUGGGGGAAAGCCUCACAGACGAGGAGCUGCAGGAAAUGAUCGAUGAAGCUGAUCGUGAUGGCGAUGGAGAAGUGAACGAGGAAGAGUUUCUUAAGAUUAUGAAAAAGACCAACCUUUAUUGA